AUGGCACAACACACAACCACGACCCGUCUCCUGACGCCCCUCCUCUCAUCCUUCCGAUCCCUAGUUCUGAGCUCCGAAACCACAGCCAGCGCAACAAUCCCCAAAACAAUGGCAACCUCCACACGAUCGUUCUCUAGCACGCCAAACCUCGCAGCAAGAGCGAAGCAGGCGAAGACGUCCGAUCCCCGAGUCAAUCUCAUUCGAUACCACAUGCAACAUCCCAAAACACCAAGACCGUUGAAGUUCUCCCGUAUGCGUGCGUUGCGACACUGGACUAUUCACAGGGCGUGGAUGUUAGCGAGACGGAAAGCUACUGAGGCUCAGGAGGCGGAAUUAAUCAGGAUGCAUCAGAGUAUGCACAGGGCUUGUGAAGAGCUUCGAAAUUUUGAUGCGCCAGGAAAGAAGGACUCGGGAAGGUUAUAUCGUAUUGCUAUGGAAAAGAAGGGUAUUUUUGGGCAUGGAGGUGUGCCGAUUGAGUAUGCUAGACCACAGACAGAUACCCCAGCGCGGGAGGCAUGGAAUCACGGGUGGACCAGAUAA